UUAAUAAGUGGAAGAAAUCCCAAACAUACGGUUAACACUAUCCAAAGCCACCUCUAUCUCUCUCCGAUUCGCAAAAUCGAAGCCCUUUUGUCCAUUUGCAGCCCAAUUGGUUGUCCCUUUCGUUUAAAAUAAUAACUUUCCAAUUCUAUGGUUUUGCUUACCUCAACUUUGGAUAACUAUGCAUUCUUCCAAUACCAAAUAUUAAUGUUCAGAGGGGAUUGAAUAACCCAAUACUGUUAACAAUAAUAUGUCCACUAAAAAGGAUGACCUUCUUUCCUCUGCUAUGAAGAGGACCUCUGAAUGGAUUUUCUCCCAAGAGAUCCCAAGUGAUGUUACUGUAAAUGCAGGAGGAACCUCCUUUACACUGCACAAGUUCCCAUUAGUUUCGAAGAGUGGAUACAUAAGAAAGUUGGUCUCAGAAUCCAAUGAUGCUGAUGUUUCUACGAUCGAAAUCCCUGAUAUACCCGGUGGAGGAGAGGCAUUUGAACUUGCAGCAAAGUUUUGUUAUGGAAUAAAUUUUGAGAUAAGCACAGAAAACAUAGCCGUGCUGAGGUGCGCUGCGGAAUAUCUUGAGAUGACAGAAGACUAUGCAGUUGGAAAUUUGGUGGAAAGAACUGAGGCCUAUUUUAAUGUAGUAGCUAGUAAGAGCCUUGCUGGUGCAGUUACGAUUUUGCAUUCAUCAGAAAACCUUCUUCCUAUUGCAGAGAAAGUAAAAUUGGUGAGCCGAUGCAUAGACACAAUUGCAUAUAUAGCCUGCAAGGAUAACCAAUUCUCCACAUCAGGUAGAGCAGAAGCUGGUAUCCACGGAUUGACCUCCUCCACAUUUUCAAACCCGAAGCCUAUAGUUGACUGUUGGUCUGAAGAUUUAACCGCCCUUAGAAUUGAUUUUUUCCAAAGGGUUCUGAUUGCAAUGAUGGGAAGGGGAUUCAAGCAGUAUGCACUUGGACCAAUAUUAAUGCUCUAUGCACAGAAGUCUCUUCGAGGUUUGGAAAUAUUUGGAAAGGGAAAGAAAAAGAUUGAACCAAAACAAGAACAUGAAAAGAGGGUUGUUUUAGAAACCAUCGUUAGUCUUCUGCCAAGGGAGAAAAAUGCAUUGUCGGUUAGCUUUCUGUCAAUGCUGCUCCGAGCUGCAAUAUAUCUGGAAACCACAAUUGCUUGCAGGCUUGACUUGGAGAAGAGGAUGGCAUUGCAGCUUGGACAGGCUGUAUUGGAUGAUCUGUUAAUUCCUUCAUGUUCCUUCACAGGGGACACCUUAUAUGAUGUUGAAACCUUGCAGCGUAUCAUGAUGAAUUUUCUUGACAAUGAAAUGGAGGGAAAUCGAUUGGGAGAUGAAGAGUAUCACGUCUCUCCUUCAUUAAGUGACAUGGAGCGGGUUGGGAAACUUAUGGAAAAUUACCUUGCUGAAAUAUCCUCUGACCGUAAUCUAUCUGUCACAAACUUCAUUAAUCUUGCUGAAGUCAUCCCAGAGCAAGCAAGGGUCACUGAAGAUGGGAUGUACAGGGCCAUUGACAUUUAUUUGAAGGCACAUCCAGCCCUAAGCGACAUAGAAAGAAAAAAGGUUUGCGGUGUUAUGGACUGUCAAAAACUAUCUCGAGAAGCUUGUGCUCAUGCUGCUCAAAAUGAUAGGCUCCCUGUUCAAACAGUUGUACAAGUACUUUACUACGAGCAGCAACGUCUUCACGAUGGGAGCCAGCUUGUAGCAACUGAACCUCCUGCUCUUGUUCCUUCCAAAAUGAAUCAUCAAUUCUCUACUACCCCUGUUUCAGACGAGGUCUCGAUUCUAAAACGAGAAAAUCAGGAGCUGAAAUUUGAGCUGCUGAAAAUGAAGGCGAGGUUGACAGAAAUUGAAAAACCGAGUUCAAACAGAUCAGCUACAAGCAGCCCUUUGGUCAUCACUCAUCCAUCUGCUGCUAAACCUCCUUUGCCAAGAAAAUCUAACUUCAUGAGCUCAGUAUCGAAAAAGCUCGGAAGAUUUAUUAGAGCUGAUGGACUAACGCAAGGCAAAGCCCGAAAUAAACCAAGUAAAGAUAGACGUCAUUCCAUAUCGUGAUUUGAGCUAGCUAUAUUUGUAUUAUUGUCUAAAUAUGGUACAUAUUGGAUUCAAAAUGUAUUUUUAAAAUUUAAUCAUGCAAGUUUGUACGGUAAAGUAUAUAUUUUGUCGUGCUUUAAUCCAGAAAUGUUACUCAUGAAAGAUUUGUAAUCUUUGAUUUCUCUUAUGUGCCAAAGAAAGAUUUGCAGUCUUGAGAUGUACAAGCAAUAAAAUACCGAGGUUGU